UACCAGUACGAGGAUUUCGUUGGCCAUCCAAAGAUGCGACCAAUCAUUGAACGUGCUGUUUGGCUUAGCGUGGAUCUUCCAGGACAAGGAGACGGAGAGGAAGAACUGCCUGCUUCAUACACAUUUCCAACGCUUUGGAGCAUUGCUGAAAACUUGAAACACGUUCUUGACCACUUCCACAUCGACCACGUCGUUCUGUUUGGCGAGGGUGCUGGGGCAAACAUUUUGGCGCGCUUUGCGAUGCUCUAUGACGAGAUGGUAAUGGGGGCCGUACUUAUUCACUGCACCGGUCAAACAGCCAGCUUUGGAGACUCUUUAAGGGACAAGUUAGUCAACCGGAAACUGAAAACAACUGGCAUGACCCCUGCGACAGAAAGCUUUCUUAUUCUCCACAGAUUCGGUUGUGUGAGUCCUGUUUCACAUGAGAACCUUCUAGCCAUCCACUUUUCCUUGACAGAUACAGGCACCGAAUUGGAGCUGAAACAAGCAAUUGAACAUUUCAGAGAAAAUUUGCAGCAUUCGAUAAAUCCGAAAAACCUUAAUCGCUACAUUACAGCCUACAUGCAGAGAAAACCCCUCAGUGAGAGGCUUGCUGACUUAAAAUGUUCGGUUUUGCUCAUAACGGGAGCACUGGCGCCGCAGCGCAAAGGCUGCGAGAAGCUCUACGAGGCUCUGAUGAAGGUACACAAUGCCAGGUCCUGCGCCACUAGAGAGUUGUUCGUGGUAGAAAAUGUUGCAAAUGUUCUCGCUGAGAGGCCGGAUAAGGUCAUUGAAAGUAUGCAGUACUUCCUUCAGGGCAUCGGGCUAGUAAGUCAUUUAAAGAUGCAAUCCGCCCCGCUAAAUUUGAAUAGACGAAUGUCAAUGGAAGACUACGAUAGGCCAAUUGGUCGAGUCCAGUUGGCUGGGGGAUUCCGGUCCAACCUUUCUGCACCCAGUGACGUCUCAGACGAGAACGUCAACUGA